AUGAGUUCAAACGAAGCGAAAUUUGAGCUUCCAAUUCACGAAGUACAAGGUAAACGUGAUAUUUCAUCGUUUCCUUUGUCAUUGAGAAUUUCUAUAAAGAAAAUUGCCGGCUGUUUGUUACUUGGAAUAUUAGUAUAUUGCUUGACUUCGUCUGGAAAUGGACAGAUUUCUAGGACAAACCCUGUAUCAUACUCCCAUGAAAAACUAUUUGAAUCAUUCGGUGAUCCUGAUGACCCUCAUAAUCCUGACUCGUUGUGCCCUCUAGUUGAAAAGGUAGACCCAUCCAAAUUCAUAUACAAUAAUGAUACUGUAUCGUCUAUUCUUAACGAUCCAAAUUUCAAGAAUAAAUCUAUUGAAAAGCUUUUGGGAGCAGUCAGAAUUCCAACAGAGGUAUACGAUGAUAUGGCUAAUCCGAAUGCAUCUGACUCUUUAAAAGAUUUGUAUAAAAUUGAACCUCUUUGGAAAAAUUUUGAGACUCUUCAUGAAUAUUUGGAAAAGACAUUCCCGUUGGUGUUUAAACAUCUAAAGGUAGAAAAAGUCAAUAAGUUUGCUUUGAUUAUAACUUGGCACGGUACAUCUGAUAAAAUGCCAAUUCUUCUUACUGCUCACCAAGAUGUGGUUCCAGUGCAAAAGGAAACAAUUGACCAGUGGAUUUAUCCCCCUUUCGAAGGUGGAUUUGACGGCGAAUACUUAUAUGGACGCGGCGUACAUGAUUGUAAGGACCUACUCAUUGGAUUAUUGGAGACUGUUGAGUUAUUGCUCGAGGAAGAUGAAUUUAAACCUGAAAGAACCAUUAUACUUGGCUUUGGAUAUGAUGAAGAAACAGCUGGUACUGGAGCUGAUGAAAUUUCUAAAGUCUUGUUAUCUAGAUACGGACCAGACUCUCUUUUUCAACUAAUUGACGAAGGUGACGAAGGAUAUACUACGGCAGAGGGAACAAAGUUUAUCUUACCUGCGACCGCCGAAAAAGGACACCUUGAUUCCAUUAUCGAAUUAUAUACACCCGGAGGGCAUUCCUCAGUACCCCCAGAUCAUACUGCAAUAGGUAUUUUAGCAAAUCUAAUCGAAAAGAUUGAGGAUGUUCAGUAUAAAAGUAUUAUCACUAAUGCUAAUCCUGUUUUACAUCAAUUACAGUGCAUUGCUGAGCACUCAGAAGCCGUUGAUAAAGAUUUAAAAUCCAGUAUUUUGAAGGCUAAUGUUGAUCAGAAGGCUAACCAAUAUGUUGUAGAUUAUUUGCGUAACGAUAGCGAUACAAAAUACUUGAUCACCACUUCGCAAGCUGUGGAUAUAAUUAGCGGUGGAGCCAAAUCGAACGCGCUUCCUGAGCAUGCUCAGGUAUUGGUGAAUCAUCGCAUAGCAAUAGAGGAAUCGGUUGCAUCUACUAGCGAGAAAGUAUUCAAACAAGUCAAAGAAAUUGCAGAUAGAUUUGACUUGGGUGUUGUUUUUGACGGUAAAACCUAUGUUGAACCAACAAGUAAUGGAUAUUUAAACUACAGCUUACGUGGCUCUCUUGAGCCAGCGCCGGUUACCCCUACUAAUGGCGAUCUCUGGAAUCUUUUUGGAGGUUCGUUGAGAUACCUUUAUGAAGAUUUGAUGUACCCUCACGAGAAUGAGACUUAUGUGUUUGCUCCUUUCAUCUCGACUGGUAACACAGAUACUAAAAGCUACUGGGAUUUGACAAGGCAUAUAUAUAGAUAUCAGCCUGGGAUUCCGACAAAGAAUGGCAACAUUCAUUCUGUAAAUGAAAGGAUACUGUUUAAGUCACAUCAAUCAGUAAUUGCUUUCUAUUACUAUUACCUUCAAAUUGUCGACAAGGCGGAUGAUGUACCUUUUUAG